UAAUUGAAAAAUCUAUCAUGAUAAAGUGUUAUUUAUAGGGAUGCAUUGUGGAGGCACGCGCGAGAUGCGAGCCUCAGACGUGAGGUCUGUCCUAGGCAGACCGCUGAUCAGCGGUGUGCGUGAGGCUGCAGUCAUUCCGGCUGCAUCUGGUUACGUGCGUGUUUGAGGGUAUUUCUACUGCGUGCACGGUGAUGUGUUUCAGUUUGCAUGCGUCCAUCAUAAGGGCUAUGGGCGCUAGGAGGGUUAGGUCUCGCCUACAGAAAAAUGCGAAAUACAAACGCACGUGUAGUGGGUGGACCUUGCGUUCACGUGGCUCUGGCUAGCAGCACUGUGCAGCUGCAUCAUCCACAGCGCGAGCAUCCUACUCAGCAAGCAGAACAUCAUGGAAUCUGCAGAUGUGAUCCGGCUCAUCAUGCAAUACCUGAAGGAGAACAGGCUGUACCGGACCCUGAGCGCCCUGCAGGAGGAGACCACCGUGUACCUCAACACCGUGGAGUCCAUCGACAGCUUCGUCCUGGACGUCACCCGGGGACACUGGGACGCCGUGCUCCUCGCCAUCCAGUCCCUCAAGCUGCCCCAGGACACGCUGGUGGACCUCUACGAGCAGGUGGUCUUGGAGCUGAUCGAGAUGAGGGAGGUGGGCGCGGCCCGGUCACUGAUGAAGCAGACAGAACCCAUGCUGCUGCUGAAGAGGAGCCAGCCAGGGAGGUUCAGACACCUGGAGGGCCUGUUGACAAGGGCCUUCUUCGACCCCCGGGAGGCGUAUCCGGGCGGCAGCGGGAAGGAUAAGCGGCGGCGAGCCAUCGCCCGGUCUUUGGUGAGGGAGGUCAGCGUGGUGCCCCCCUCCCGCCUCAUGGGGCUCCUGGAGCAGGUCGGAUCCCUGAAGCGGCAGAACCAGCUAGCCCUCCUGGCUCCAGGCGUCCCCGAUGGCUCCUCCACCCCCUCCCCCGGCAGCGGCGCAGAGAACGGCCCGGAGGAGGAGGAGGAGAGCUGCCCAUCACGGCUCUACGGCCACAUUAAGUUUGGACAGCAGGCGCACGUGGAUUGUGCAUGUUUCUCCCCGGACGGGAGGUACUUAAUCACAGGCUCGGUGGAUGGCUUCAUCGAGGUGUGGAACUUCAGAACCAGGAAGAUCAGUCGGGAUCUGAAGUACCAGGCCCUGGAGAGCUUCAUGAUGAUGGACGCUGCGGUGCUCUGCCUCGGCUUCAGUGCCGACGCGGACCUCCUGGCCACCGGCGCACAGAAUGGCAACAUAAAGGUGUGGAAGAUCCACAGUGGGCUGUGUCUGCGCAGGUUUGAGCGGGCCCACUCCAAAGGGGUGACCUCUCUGAGCUUCUCUAAGGACAGCAGCCUCAUCCUCAGCUCCUCCUUGGACUGCUCCAUCAGGAUCCAUGAGAUGCGCUCCGGGAGGACGCUGAGGAGGCUGUGCGGUCACGCGUCCUUCGUGAACGACGUGUCCUUCACCGAGGACGGCCGCCACAUCCUCAGCGCCUCGUCCGACGCCACGGUCAAGAUCUGGAACACGAAGACGUCAGAAUGCCUCCACACUCUCACCACACUGUCGGGCCCGGACACCCCGGUCUACAACGUCCUGCCCCUGCCCCGGCACCCUGAGCUCUUCGUGGCCUGCACCCACUCCAGCACCCUGCUGGUGCUGAACCUACAGGGUCAGACGGUGAGGACGCUGAGCUCCGGGCGGACCCAGGGAGGGGAGUUUGUGUGCUGCGCCGUGUCCCCGCGCGGGGGGUGGGUCUACUGCGUUGGGGAGGACCGCGUGCUCUGCUGCUUCCGGCUGGCUACGGGACGCCUGGAGAAGACCCUCACGGUCCAUGAGAAGGACGUGAUUGGCAUCGUCCACCACCCUCAUCAGAACCUGAUCGCCACAUACAGCGAGGACGGGCAGCUCCGGCUGUGGACGCCAUAGGUUGUCAUGGCUGUAGGGCUGCAAACAAGUAUAAUCUUUCUCUUCAUUUUCAACAAUCCAUUGUUUAUUUUCUUUGAGGUGAGGACUUUAUUCGUGUGGACAAGUUAUUCAUGAGGCCAAAUGAAUGACAAUUGACCAGAUCUCAAAGCGACAUCUUGAAUUUGCAAAGGCCACCGAGAAAAUGAUUGAAGCAUAAUUGAAUAACCAGAAAGGAGAAACCAACCAACUUUGGGGAUUUUAUCAAGUGAUAAAACAGGAAUGGUUUGGUAAUAAUAGAGCAAAACAGAGCAGAGAAAGGAAGGGUGGAAGGUGAGUGGGAGGAGGGGGCGGGUGUUUGGUAGUUAAGUUUCAUAAUCUUGUGCUUCUCUGCUCUUUCCCUUGAUACCUCUUGCAUUUCACCUACUGCAGCUUUAAUAGCGGAAGAAAAUGUCUCUCUAUUGCAGAUAUACUUGCAAAUAUGUCACUGUUGUGUACUUACCCUAGAUCAAAUAAAGCAGCAACUGUGCAUUUUAUAUUAUCAGUGGUUAUGUACUACCACGGUGCUGUGUAUAAUUAAUUGUCUUCAAGGAAAGGCCUGUGGCCUAUACCUGUUCGGAGCAUUACUAGAGCAUUACUGUAUCUUAUAUGUAUCAUGUCAAUUGGAUUUGCUGGUCGGUGUGUGUAUAUAUGUAUAUUCUGUACAUAACAUUAGAUUUGCUGGUCCGUAAAUAUAUUCUGUACAUAACAUUAGAUUUGCUGGUCUGUAAAUAUAUUCUUUAUAUAACAUUAGUUUUGCUAGUCAGUAUACUUUCUGUAUAAAAACAUUUAUCUGGUCAGUUUAUAUAAUCUGUACACCUUGGAUUUGCUGGUCGAUAUAUAUAUAUUCUGUGCAUAACAUUCGAUUUUGCUGGUCAGUAUUUAUUCUGUACGUAAAAGUAGAUUUGGCUGGUCAGUAUAUAUUCUUUACAUAACAUUAGAGUUUACUGGUAGAUGUAUAUAUUCUGUAUAUAACCUUUGAUUUGCUGGUCUGUCACCAUGAUUGUGAAUAAAACGUUUAGUGACU